GAGAUGCGCAGGAGGCGCCGCUGGGGGGGUCCAGCGCCGAUCCGAGCAGUCCGCGCGGACCUCGGAAGGUCGAUGCUCAUGUCGUCUUGACUUCUUCUGCUCUGUUCCCUCCCUCCGCCUCUUGCCGGGCAAUGGGGCACUGCCCCUCUUGCUGCUUGCCCCCUUGCGCCGGGCCGCCGGGGCGCUCCGCGCGCGCGGACGUGGUCGGCCUGCGCGCGGGCGGCCGGGCCCCGUCCGCGGCGGUGAGCGAGGCCGGCGGCGAGGAGCCUCUGGCCUCCACGGGUGCGGAGUGCCGGCGGGAGGGGCCCGACUCCGGCCGCACGGGCGGCGCCGAGAGCGCCGCGGAGGCGCCGGCGGUGGAGGUGCGGAGCCUCGCGGGGGGCCUGAUCGCGCGCGUGGAUCCAGCCCCGGAGAGCGUGGAGCUGCUGAAGGGGGAGAUUGAGGCCCGUUGCGGGAUCUCCGCCGCGGUGCAGAAGCUGAUGAGGGGCACGCAGGUGCUGUCUGGUGGGCUGCUACUCACAGAGCUUCAGGGGCCACCGCAAGAUCUGACGUUGGUGGUGGACGAGUGCCCGCUAUUCUCGUGGGACAUUCAGGGCAAUCCAAACCGCUCGCUCCUCGGAGGUGGCGGUCACGAGGUGCACUUUGCAGACGAGGCCGUCGACUACGUCAACGUGGUCACUCAGGCGCCGAUUUCUCGCGGGACGCACCUCUUUGAGUUCGUCAUGCACGAGAUUGGGGACGAGCAGUGGUGCGGCAUUACACCAGAUGCGACGCGUGCGGGCUACAGAGGUUGCGAUGAAGGAUGCUUCUAUUAUUCUGGGCGCCGCAGCAGCUUCCGUGGCGCGCUGCAUGCGCCGAGGGAGCGGCAGUGCCGGCUCGACAACAACGGGUGGCCCCAGUACGCCAGGGUCAACAGAGGCGACUCCAUUGGAAUGCUGCUGGACGUGGACACCGGCGCAAUCGUCUUCCUGCUCAACGGUGAGGUCCAAGGCGGAUGUCGGGUGCCUCCCCAGCAGCCUUGGCUCCUCACGACCAGCCUGGACGCAGAGGGGGACCGUCUGGAGCUGCGAAAGAGGCCUGUGCCUGACGCUCCCGACGAUGCGCUGGUCGUCCUCCAGCAAGACAUGCUGCCACGGGUGCUAUGGCCUACUGCGGGGUGAAGACCGUCGUGCUGGCACGCAUCGAAACAAGAAGAGACAUAGGCAUAAACAGGAGGUGCUCGCGGGGUUCUUGGAUCAGCGUUGGGACCCCCUGGCAGAUCGGCGCCGAUCAAAGAGGUGGGUGAUUCUGGCCCAGGGCGCAUUCAACGUUUGGGAGUCCUGGGGCGACAUGUUGGCCUCCUCGCAGCUGCCCCGCGGCGCGCACUACAUGGAGAGGGCAACGCCCGGCGCUACGCGCGGUUAAAACUCCUCUGCCUACGCGCCCGUCGCUACACGCGACGGUUCGGCCCGUCGCCAGGCUGACUCGUAAACCUCCAGAACUUGCUAGCCUUGGUCAUGCAAGUUAUUAUCACUGCUAUGGCGUUUUAAGACUCCGAAUAUGCCAGAAACGUCUACGCAUUUCUGUUUUGGUACAAGUUGGCAUCUGACCUGCUUUCCGAACACAAUGCGCAGUGAAGUCAUCUUUGCCGCGGCAGUCCACCUCAUGUCGCCGCCGUUAAAACGAAGCAUCGGCAUGGUGUCAAUAACUCUCAACGUCAAAUGAUACAUCGGCAGCCUUGAAAAGCGUAGAAGGUGUUGCGAUGUCCGUUUGACCCGCAGUAUCUCAGGGGAGAGUUCGGUUGAGCGGUGCCUGUGCGUUAAUAAAAUCCCAACUGCGCUGCUUGUGUCUGCACCUCCAGCCAGGCUGCGGCCUGCCCUGCCGCCACCGGUGGCACAGGAGGACAACAGGCUUUGGUCCGGAGAAGGGCCAGUUAAGACAAAGGCGGCUCUCCCGCAUGGCUCAAGCUAUUUUGGGGCCGUUAUAGAUUUAUCAAUUAUAAGUUAUGAUAAUGGCGCGGCGCCACUCGACCCUCGCGGGCGCCACCGCUCCGCUGGCAGCGCAUGGCAGCGCCGCGGUGCACUUGAGGGGCCACUCCAUGACAGCUGCCGCCCCGGUGCCUGGUGCAGCGCACGCCGGGCCGCAGCUCCACCACGAGCCGGCGCGAGCGCUGGCCGAGGCCGCAGGGCCCGAGGAGGACCCGGAGGUGUGCUUCGCGGCGGCGCUGCAGCAGCUGGCCAGGGCCCACGAGGCCGACCUCGCCGCCGCGCGGGAGGAGAACUGCCAGCUGCGCGGCGAGCUCUCCCGCCUCCGGGGCCGCGUCGGCAUGCUGAUGCUGGCGCUGCAGCGCAGCAGCCCCCGGGGCGGCGCCGCCGAGGCCCCGCCCCCCGCCCGGGGCGAGCCCAGGCCCACCGCGGCCGCGCGCCCCGCCGCGGCGGCCUACGUCUCCCUGCAGCUGGCCUCGCCCCCGCGGGCGGAGCCGCCGCUCGCCGCCCCGGG